UAAAUAUACACACUCAAGCAUGUGAUCCUAUAUCUGAAAAGAAAAAAAACUAGAAACCUUCAUCUCUUCCAUUCUCAUAAUUUCCCUUCUUUAACCAAACAUGGCUACCAAUUCUAAUUUCUCCAAGCCAUCCAAAUGGUUCUAUAACAACACCUUCAAGCUAACCCUCCGCCGUCGCUCCUCUAAGCCUAGCUCGCCAACCCCUCCGAUGUCUCCCCAUAGCUCUACUAGUCGGCAGGCCGAUGACUUUCGUGAAGCAUUCCACCGCUUCGAUGCAAAUGGCGAUGGCAAGAUAUCGAGCAAUGAACUGAGGUCCUUCUUUGCAUCAGCUGGGGAGGACAUGACGUUGGAAGAGGCGGAGAGGGCGAUUGGGGACCUUGACUCGGAUGGCGAUGGCCUGAUGGACUAUGGGGAUUUUGUGAGGCUGAUGAUGGAGAGGGAUGGCGGAGGGGAGGAGGAUUUGAGGAAAGCGUUCGAGAUGUUUGAGGUGGAUAAGGGGUCAGGGUGCAUCACACCUGAGGGGCUGCAGAGGGUGUUGAGUCGUUUAGGGGACGUGAGGUCCAACGAGGCGUGUGCAGCCAUGAUAAGGGCUUAUGAUCUGGAUGGGAAUGGUGUGCUUGAUUACCAUGAGUUCCAUUGCAUGAUGACUUGGUGAUAUGUGGAUAUAUAAUUGUGUUUAUUAUAAAUUGGAUAAACAUCUGGCAUUUGAUAUGUUCAUACUGUUUGCAAAAAAUUACCGUCUGAAGUCAUGUACAUAUAGCUAAGCACUACUAGUUUGCCAUGGGGUGGCUCUUCUUUGAAUACAAACUCUCUACAACCUUAGUUGUAAGAAUUCUUACAAUCAGUAUAUGUCUAUCGGCCAUGCAAUUUUUUUGUCGCAAUUAGCAAUAUAUUGGGAUUGUUUAUUUUGAAUGAA